AGGCACCGUAAAAUAAACACAGAACAUCAAACUACGAAAUUACUGAAGUGUCAAUUAAGCAAAUAAAUGUUUUUGUAAAAUUUGAUUGAUUCUAAGAAAUAAAUGAAAAAAGAAAAUUGUUGAUGAUUUGUUCAAACUAUGUCGGAUCUCGUAGCGAAAUGCGUUUUGAGAGUGGAAGUCAACGAAGUGACUGAUGGAUCAGAACCCAAGGGUGCUGAAGCUUUACUAAAUACAGAUUCCAAACAAAAAAAUAGGGGUCAAAGGCAACUUCGAGAUAUAAGUGUAGAAACAUUCCCCAGCUCCUUAGAGAGCCCCAAAGAUGAUUGGGGAAUUCUUCCUAAGUACUCCCGGGAAGUUACACCUAUUGGGGAAGUGGAAGAUGCAAUUGAAGGAAAGGUUGAAAUAGGUUUUUUCAGUGGCAAUCCAUUUGUGGAAAUUACCAAAGGCAUACUGCAUCUUUACAAGGAAGAUGUAUUAAGUAGCAGGAAAGAAGCACUUACCUUAUGCUUAUUAGGAGUUCCAACAACAAUGACCUGUCAUGACUUGUUGGCAUUUACAGCUCCGUGUCAUUGUGAUAUUAGCCACAUAAGGGUGUUGCGAGACUCUAUGCCAAAUCAGUAUAUGGCACUGUUGACAUUCAGGAACCAUGAUGCAGCAAUGGAGUUUUAUUUAACUUUUAACGGAGCACCUUUCAGUAGUCUUGAACCAGACAGUAUAUGUCGAAUAGUAUGGGUGUCCAAUGUUGAAUGGGCCCAUGAUGGUUUGCCACCACCAGGCCACACAGAAUUGCCAAUUUGUCCAGUUUGUCUUGAACGAAUGGAUGAAUCAGUUGAUGGUGUAUUGACUAUUCUUUGUAAUCAUGCGUUUCAUGCCAGCUGCUUGGAAAAAUGGGGCGAUUUGACUUGCCCCGUCUGCCGAUGUGUUCAAAGCCCAGAACAGGCUGCAACCUCUGAAUGUGAACAAUGCGGAUCUACAGCUCCCUCACCUGAUUCUCUUUGGAUUUGUCUCAUUUGUGGGCAUGUUGGUUGUGGAAGAUAUCAAGGUGGCCAUGCCGCUUCACAUUAUAGGGAAUCUGGGCAUUGCUAUGCUCUUCAAUUGGGCUCUCAUAGAGUUUGGGAUUAUAAAGGCGAUAAUUUUGUCCACAGACUUCUGCAAAACAAGGCUGAUGGUAAACUUGUGGCAUCAGAAGGUCCACCCUCUGAAUCGGAAUGCGCCCAAGAGAAAGUAGAUUCUGUUCAACUAGAGUUCACUUACCUCUUGACAUCUCAAUUAGAAGAACAGCGUCUUUAUUUUGAGGACAAAUUAUUGAAUUUAGAAAGCCAAAUGUUGGAGGAAACCAAACACCUGAGGGAUAAUGUAUACAGCAUAUCUGAAGAAAAUAAACAGCUAAGAUCAAAGCUAGUUGCUAUUACAAAAGAAAAACAGGCAUUGGAGAAGAAAGUAGAGCAGCAGCAAACAAAACUGACUACAACUCUAAAUGAUCUGAAUGAAGAAAGGCAGUUGGGCAAAGCCCUGAGAAACAAUCAACAACAAUGGCAAUCUAAAAUAACUAAAUUGGAAGAAAAAUAUAAUGAGUUGAAAGCACACAAGGAGGGAGAAAUUAGAGAACUGAAAGAGCAAGUUAGAGAUCUGAUGUUUUUCAUUGAUGCUCAAAGGGUAAUUGAGAAAUCCAAUGAAAGAGAAGAUAUAGCUGGUGGUACUGUAACUAUUGGUGAAACUCCCCAAACUUCUAAACGCAAAAAAGGAAAAAAGAAAUUAUAAUUAUGCUAUUAAUUUUAACCAUUUAGUUUAUAUUUUCUACUAAAAUAAAGGAUUUUAUCUGUG